UGUUCUUAGCCUCAUCUUGAUCCACUUUCAAGAUUCUUGAAUAGCUUCUGUUAGUUUCUUGUUCAAAGCUAAUGAAAUGAGGCACAACGUCUUUCACUUACUCUUUCUUUCAUGGGUUUUCCUUAUCUCUUGCACCCAUGAAUUACAGACCACCCAACUUCGACUUCUUCUCCAGCUGAGGCAGCAUUUGGAAUACCCAAUUCAGUUGACCAAUUGGGAAAACUACAAUGCUGACUUUUGCAGCUUGCCUUCUACUCUUCAUGUAACCAUCAAAUGUGAAGACAACUCUGUCACUGAGCUCAAAAUCAUGGGAGAUAAGCUUCCUAGGGUCAGUAGUCUCUUUCAUGGCUUUCCAAUUCCAAACCAGACCUUGUCUGAGAAUUUCUCUAUUGAUUCUUUAGUUGUUACAUUGGCAAGGUUGACUACGCUCACGGUUCUUAGCUUAGUAUCUUUAGGAAUUUGGGGCCCACUUCCUGAUAAAAUCCACAGGCUUCAUUCACUUCAAGUCUUGGAUUUGAGCUCCAAUUUUAUCUUUGGUUCUGUCCCAAAUGAGAUUUCAAGAUUAAAAAAGCUUCAUACUUUGGCAUUAGAUGCUAAUUUCUUCAAUGAAUCCAUCCCUGAUUGGUUUGAUUCAUUAUCAAACCUUACCAUUUUGAGCUUAAAGAACAACAGAUUAAAGGGUCAUUUCCCUUCUUCAAUUUGCAAACUAACAACACUUACAGAUGUGGUUCUGUCUCACAAUCACCUCUCUGGUAAACUACCUGAUUUGAGUACCUUAUCUAGUCUACAUUUGCUAGAUUUGAGGGAAAAUCAUCUAGAUUCUCAACUUCCACUUUUGCCUAAAGGCGUGACCACAGUUCUUUUGAGCAAUAACUCAUUUUCGGAUAACAUUCCUCAAGACUUUCAAACACUUCAUCGGCUCCAUCACCUCGACCUGUCAUGCAACUCGCUGGUGGGAACACCGCCAGCUGCUUUGUUCACUUUGCCAAACAUCACGUAUCUGAAUCUAGCAUCUAAUAUGCUAAGCGGGUCUCUUUCUAAUUCUAUCAAAUGUGGAAACAAACUUGGGUUUGUUGAUAUCUCUAGUAAUAGGUUUACUGGCAGGCUUCCAUCUUGUUUGGACACCAUUUCUGGUAACAAGCGAGUUGUUAAGUUCAGUGGGAAUUGCUUGUCUGUGGGUAACGGAAAACAUCCAGAAUCUGAUUGCAAACAAGGGAGUAUGAGAAAGAAACCGUCUUGGGGUAAAGCUUUAUGGGUUCUAAUUGUUGUCAUUUGUGCGGUGAUCUGUUUGGUUUCAUUUGCGAUUGUGUUCCUAAUCUUCCGUAAAAGAUAUCAUCCAAGAAAAACAGUCAUGCUUCAGCACACAGUACCAAAAGUUACUGGGGGCAGUGCACCGACGAAGAACUCUUCUGAAGUUACUGCUAAUGCCAGGAAUGUAUCUGAAGCAUCAGAAUUAGGGACACAAGUUGCUUCAUCUUGUCGAGUGUUUUCCAUGGAAGAUUUAGUGGAGGCCACAGGAAACUUUGAUCAAUCCGCGUUUUUGGGUGAAGGGUCUAUCGGGAAGCUUUACAAGGGAAGAUUACAAAAUGGAGGCUACGUCGCUAUACGAUCGUUGUCAUUGUUCAAAAGAUAUUCAAUCAGGAAUCUGAAAGUUCGAUUGGAUUUGCUUUCAAAGCUUCGACACCCACAUCUAGUUAGCUUUUUGGGUUAUUGCAUUCACGAUGGCGGAGUGGAGGAUUCUACUUCUAGCAAAAUCUUUCUGGUUUACGAGUGCAUAUCUAACGGAAAUUUCAGAGCUUUCCUCUCAGCGGACGGUCCAGAAAGAGUUCUAAAAUGGUCGGACCGAUUGGGAGUUCUGAUAGGCGUUGCAAAAGCUGUACACUUUCUGCAUACAGGAGUGAUCCCCGCUUCUUCUAGCAAUCGCCUAAAGACAAACAACAUAUUGCUUGAUGAUUAUCGGAUUGCAAAGCUGAGCGACUAUGGAAUGUCGGUCAUCACAGGAGAACUAGAACAGCUUGAGGCAAAGGGAGAUGGAGCUAAAUCAUGGCAUUUGAAGAAGUUGGGUGAUGACGUAUAUGAUUUUGGAUUCAUUUUGCUGGAAGCACUUGUGGGGCCGAUAGUAAGCGGAAAAGGGGAGGCGUUCUUGCUGAAUGAAAUGAAAUCUUUUGGAAGCGAGGAUGGGAGGCAAAGAAUUGUGGAUCCGGUGGUGCUAACGACAUGCUGUCAGGAGUCUUUGUCGAUAGUGAUAUCGAUCACGAACAAAUGCAUAUCAGCAGAAGCAACGAAGCGGCCAUCGUUUGAGGAUGUGCUGUGGAAUUUGCAGUAUGCAGCUCAAGUACAGACAACGGCUGAUGUGGAGCAGAAAGCAGAGGGGGCAUCAUAGCAUGGUAUAUGCAUCAUUUGAGAGCAUGCAAUUGCAGAAGCAGUGGUAGAUGUGGAUGGUAUGAUUUGUAAAUGCUAUUCAGGAGGAGGUUGGUGGUAUGGUUUGUAAAUGCUAUUCAUGAGGGAAGACGUACAAAGAGUAGCAGUGAUGGCUGUAGAGACUCAUUUAUUUGUCUUGAAUCAUUUUCAAUCUUACAUUUACUCCUCUUA